AUGCAGCUUGAUUCUUCUCUAGCUACAAUUCCUGCCUCCACUCCUGAACGCAUAUUACCAUUAGACAACACAAACACAGAUUAUUAUGAAACAACUAACGUAAGCCAUAUUUUGUCAUCGCACGAGGCCCAAACAGACUUUGAAAUGGAAAUUGAUGACCACCUACCAUUGACCCAAUCACAAAAAGAAGACUUAAUAGACACUCAAUCAUGGGCGGAUGAUAUUGAAACCACACCAGCUACACUAUCCACUAAUAACCCAUCCAAUGAUAUUCAUUUAACAUCACCAGAAGAUGAACAGCAAAAGAUCCUUGAUUUUUACGAGAUCAAAGGUUUUAUUAGGCAAUUAAAAACCGAAUUCUUUUUCAAACUUCCCAUUGGACCUGAGUGGAUCAAGGAAGGUUUAAUCCAGAGUGAAAAGCCUCACAUCCCAAGUAACUUUUCUCAAGUAAAAGAAGAGCUCGAAAUAACCAGCAACAAGUUGAAUAGAGAACAUCCUGAAUUCACUGUAACUAUCAAAAUAAUUAAAGAAAAAUACUUUGGUCGUAUUCCAAAACAAUGGAUAACACUGAUCCUACCAGACCUUCUCAAUCUCGAGGAAGCUCAAACCAUCCUCAAAUCUGAAAGCAAUACAAUAACCCUUUCAAUAAUUGAAGAUGGAUUACUCAUGAACAAACUUAAUGCCCUUAGAAAAAUAUUUCACUUCGAGAAACUACCGCCAGAAUUUCUAAUUGAACCUGA